CUUGGUUGUACAUCAUUAACAUGCUCGCACCUUUCAACGUUAUAUCCUUUAUUAAUGCAGCACUCCUCAGCGUUAUAUCAAUCCUCGGCUCUUUUAUUUUUGAUUCUCUACUAUUUAUUUAUUUUGUUGAAAACCUUUCAGCUGCUCUCUUCGGUUUCAGCCGCUGCAUACUGUCCUCGUAAUAGCUUCUCGGCGGUUUAGCAUCUCAAAGGUCAUAGGAUGGUGGAUUAUAAGUAAUUUGCCGCAGCUCUUCAGUGAAUUUUACGCUUCUUCUUUGUUCUACUCUUGCAGGAGAGAUUGUUGGCAAUUUGAGUUGUUCGUGUUUCGUCUGGUGAAAAACCUUUCGCACGCAGGCGGCCUCAGCACUCGAACAGAAGUCAGUUGGUCGCUCCUCAAAAGAAAGCCGCAAAAAGAAACCGGCGUCACUUGUCCGCAUUGUUAAGACCCUUCGGAGAAACCGACCUGGGACGAACUUAAUUCCGAUUCUCAGCAUUCGAACUUGUUCGCAGGUUUCAUCCCUCAAAUAACCUUCCAUAUUCAGCGUCUUUUCUCCACAAGAAAGAAGCUGCAGUGUUCUAUCAGCCAUUACAUAGGAGAAGAAGAGGCCAGAUAACAACAAAAGAAAAAUGAAUGCUCCUGAUCGUUACGAGCGAUUUGUCGUCCCUGAAGGCAUUAAGAAGGUUUCAUAUGAGCGGGAUACAAAGAUUAUCAAUGCUGCCACCUUAACUGUCGAGAGGGAAGACCACACCAUCGGCAAUAUUCUACGCAUGCAAUUGCACAGGGAUGAGAAUGUUCUCUUUUCUGGUUACAAGUUACCUCACCCUCUUCAGUAUAAGAUCAUUCUUAGGAUUCAAACAACAAGCCAGUCUUCACCAAUGCAGGCUUAUAAUCAGGCUAUCAAUGAUCUUGACAAGGAGCUGGAUCAUUUGAAAAACCAAUUUGAAACUGAACUGGCAAAGCACUCACAAGGGUUUUGAUCUGCUCGAACUGCAUUGGCGGUUUAUGAGGAACUGGACCUUAGAUCAAUCAUUGAAAUGAUCAUUUUGGUCAUCUUAACUGGUGUUCAAGUUUAGUUCUAUGUGAUGAAAUCAUGUUGUGUUUAAACUUUAAACUAUAGCUAGUUACUAUCUACUUAUACUUCUGAUUGGAUCUGGUCAUGGCAGCCAAUCUUUGUUUGCUCACGAAUCAAGUUGAUAUGAAGUUGCAUGUUUGUCAUUGUCACCUUCAAAUCUGAGUUUAUAUUUAGAAGAAUGUUGAGCAAUAUAAGGUGAGGUAAGGGGGAUCGGAUGCUUACCAUGUAUUAAAACAUUGAGAGAUUGUUUUCGGAUAACCCAUGGGUGGGUUUAUAGCCUUGUAC